AUGGCUUAUUCUUCUUCUCUUUUUCCUUCUCCGUUUUUCUCAACCGAUUCUUCUUUAUUUGAAGUGGAGAGACUUGUUCACUCGCCUCGUCUUUGUUCUAAAACGAGCAUCAACCAAUCGUCUCAAGUGAUUGCGUUUCUCCUCGUGGUCGAGCAACUUGGCUUCGCACGCAACUUGGUCGCGUAUCUUGUCUCAUCACCAGACAUGUUAAUGGACGCGGUGGCCAACGAAGUCGGUGUGUGUCUAAGUAUCUUACACAACCAAGACUACUCAAGCUUCUUCCUCCUAAACCACAACAACAAUGAUGAGGUGGUUAUACCUUUUCUCAAAGGUCUAACUGACAGUAAUCUCACUCUCAGUUACAUCAACCAGUACCGCGAAACUAUUCUCGUUGGAGUGACAAAGAAUUUGAACGAUGUCUGCAAUCGAGCUUUCGAUGAUAUAUACGAGAAGGGCUACAAGGAGCAACUGUUUGCGUUAGAGAGGGCGAAAGUCAUUGAGGAGAUGAAGAAGAUCCGGUUGAGUGCUCCACAACAAACCCCUACUAGGUUCAGUGUUCAACACCAAACCCCUAGCUGGUGGAAUGUUCAACAACAGAUCCCUCGUAGGUGUAGAGGAUGGAUUUGA